AUGGCCGCAGCCGAGACCGCCUUGCCCUCCAUCAGCACACUCACCACCCUGGGCCCCUUCCCGGACCCACAGGAGGACUUCCUCAAGUGGUGGCGCUCCGAAGAGGGGCAGGACAUGGGCCCGGGUCCCCCCGACCCCACGGUGCAGCCCCUCCACGUGAAGCUGGAGUUGGAAAACCCGCCCAGGGAGGACGAAGACAAUGACAGGGACGCAGAUGCCACCUGGGACCUGGAUCUCCUCCUCACCAACUUCUCGGGCCCGGAGCCGGGCGGCGUGCCCCGAACCUGCGCUUUGGCGCCCGGCGAGGGUCCUGGGGCUCAAUACCCGCCGCCGCCGCCGCCGCCCGAGAGUCUGGGCGCGUGUGCGGGCGGCCCGGAGUCGGUGGUUGGGCUCUUGGGUCCCGAGGAGCACUCGGGCUGGGCGCGCCCUGCCCUGCGAGCCCCGGCCCCGGACGCCUUUGUAGGCCCAGCCCUGGGCCCGGCCCCCGAGCCCAAGGCGCUGCAGCUGCAGCCGGUGUACCCCGGGCCGGGCGCCGGCUCCUCUGGCAGCUACUUCCCGAGGACCGGGUUUUCAGUGCCCACGGCACCGGGCGCCCCCUACGGGCUGCUGUCUGGAUACCCCGCGCUGUACCCGGCGCCGCAGUACCAAGGGCACUUUCAGCUCUUCCGCGGGCUCCCAGCGUCCGCGCCCGGUCCCGCCGCGCGCCCCUCUUUCCUGAGUUGUCUGGGACCCGGGACGGUGGGCGCCGGACUCGGAGGGACCGCAGGAGAUACAGGUACGACCGCCGAAGCCGCACAGUCCAAGCGCAGCCGGCGUUCGUGGCCGCGCAAGAGGCAGGCGGCGCACACGUGCGCGCACCCGGGCUGCGGCAAGAGCUACACCAAGAGCUCGCACCUGAAGGCGCAUCUGCGCACGCACACCGGGGAGAAGCCAUACGCCUGCACUUGGGACGGCUGCGGGUGGAGGUUCGCACGUUCAGACGAGCUGACUCGCCACUACCGGAAGCACACAGGACAGCGCCCCUUCCGCUGCCAGCUCUGCUCACGCGCUUUUUCGCGCUCCGACCACCUGGCCUUGCACAUGAAGCGCCACCUGUGAGCCCUUCCCUGGCACAUGGACCCUCCUGGGGACUGGGGAUGGAAGAACAAGAGUGGAUCCACACAGAGUGGUUUUCCCAAAAACGGACUCUCGCUGGAUUCGCGGCCCCACAGAUCCACUGAACGAUCGAGGACUGACCCAUAGACCUGGAGGAGCCUCCAACGGAAGUUCCCACAUGUCCAGAGUCACAUAGAGAGAGACGUGAAACGGUCACGCAGACCCAGCGAGACAGACCAAAUAAACGGACUCAGAUGGACACUCAGACCAGCUCACAGGCGGCCCUGGACAGCAGG